CAGUACACAACGAAACGUUCACCUGCUCGGCGACUCACCUGCUCUGACCUGGCGUCAUCACGAUGGGAAAGUGUUCCCGGAUUUGGGUUGUCUACUUCGUAUUUUACACGGCUUUUCCUGCGAAAUCCACCGCCGCCGCCGAAGAACCCGCUCCUCAAUGGACAACGCCGUUGGACGUGACUUGGCCCCGGCCAGACCAGGCCGUUGCGAAUUUUAUUCUACGACGAUCCUCGGCCCGGCAGAAGCGUCAAUUUGGGGGGUUCGACUUUAGCAGUGCCAACGCCAAUGCAAACGCCUUCAGCCAAGGGUUUGGCCCGGACGGGUUCGGCGCGAGUGCGGCCAAUGCCCAGGCCCAGUCGUUCCAGAGUGGAGGACCGUUGGGUUCGUUUGGGGCAUCGGCAGCGAAUGCGGCAUCGCAAGGGUUCAACGUUGGCCCCGGGGGCUUGACCGGAUCGGCAUCGUUUGGCGGGAGUCAGACGUACAACUUUCCCGGAGAUCGAGAUCUGUCAAUUUCGUACUCGAACGGGUUUGCUGUUGGAGAGGACGGAAUGCCGACGUACUCUGGAGGACAUGCGUUGAGUUGGAGCUGAGUAUUACGAUUGUGUUUUUGGAUUUUUUUUAUAACUCAAUAAAAAAGAAUUAAUCAAAUUUCCGUUUUUACAGUAUGGGUAUCAAACGAUCAGGAUUUUUUCAUACAUUUCAAAUGUUAUAACAUUUUUUGAAAAUACUCAACAUUUUCACAAAACUACGUAUUUUUGAAAAAAUACUCAGAAUUUCAGUAUUAACAAUAUGGGUACCAAACGAUCGAGAUUUUACAUG